AUGGCGGUUUCUGGCCACGAAACUCGAUUUGAUUUGUAUGUCACCAUCCUUAUAUUUUCGAGCUGAAAUCGCUAGAAAUUAGUAAAUUUUUGGAAUGAUUUUGAAUAUUUGGUCAUUUUUUCGAGUUUUUUGGCUGAAAUCUUCUUUGUUUUAUCUGAAAUCAUCACAAAAUAUUGCUGUAAAAAAAGUUAUUUAACCGUUUGGUGAUGAAUAUUUCUACCUGACUUCUGCAUGGCCACAGAUUCCUGCUAUAAAACAUAACAUUUCAGUUACCUCUGCAAAUGCAAGCCCGGCUUUGUCGACGCCUCCACCAACGUCACGCACUAUCCAGGCCGAACUUGUGUCCUUCCGUCGUCCCUCAGCCGGCCCGCUCCAACCUUCACUACAACAACGCUAUCUCCGCAACCUCAAUGCACAUUGGGGAGGAAUGACACGUGCCGUCCCAAUGAACUCUGCGUUCAAAUGGACGGGACAUUGGGCUGUGAUUGCGUUGAAAAUGCGUUCAGAUUCCGCGACGGGACAUGCCGACUGCAAUCUGCUUGCUCAGGGGUUACAGAUUGUCAUCAAAGUGCGAUUUGCACAAAUGUUUUUGAUUCGUAUCAAUGCAAGUGUAAGCCUGGAUUCCAUGACGCGUCCGAGGAUCCGAAUAGACCGGGGAGGAACUGCGUGGAGUGUAAGUUAUAGCCUAAAUUAGAUUUGUUAUAUGUGUAAAGAAAUUAUCAGUCUGUCGGGAAAAUAAUGAGCGUUCUGUCUGAUCGAAAAUCGCAUGCCGACUAUUCAACCUCGAAAGUACUUUAGUCAGCACAAAGUGCAAAAUGAAUUUUUAAAUAGUCCCGUUUCCCUUUCCUAAUCCCAAUCACGAGGUGCACUUGAAUCUGCAAGGUUAUGAGAGUUGCAUAAAUUACGAAUUUAUGAGGUCGAGUUUUGUAUUUUUGAAUGCAAACACAAUAUGAAUUGAGCAAAGAGCCAGCAGUAAGAGUGCACGUAGAAAAGUAAUAUCAGGCUUUCGGGAAAAUAAUGAGCACUAUGUCUCAUUGAAAAAUGAGCACUUGUCGCAACCCGCACCGUGCUCAAAAACCCCAACCCCUUUUUUUGGUUUUGGCACCGUGCGGCAAACUGAGGAGUCCGGUGACCGGAAUAGACCUUUCGCUAUCGGUUUUUUACACUUCGUCCUGAUUUCGCAGAGAAAGAGAGAAAAAAGACACGCAAAAACGUACUCUCUCGCCCUAAAAAUUCCCCAUUUCUUCCCCGACAAAACGUUUUUUCGCGUCUUUUUUUGGCAAAUUGCAAAUCCAUUCACCGGACUGUUUUAGCUCAUCUCAGUUUGACAUGCACCGUGCGGCAAAAUAUCGCUUCGAUAUAAGCAACUUUUAACUUGUCGCUGCGUUGGCGCCAUGGAUUUGAACAGUGUAAACGGCUUUGUUUGUCGUUUGAGGUCUGCAUGGUGCACCGAAGAAAAAAUGCACACUGUGCCAUAAAAGUCCAUGCACUUUAUGAAAAUAUCAGUCUGUCGGGAAAAUAAUGAGGGCUCCGUCGUUGCGUCAAUCGCGCCGUUGAAAUGAAAGCAAUUUGAUUUUUCCGCGACAGAAUUCAUUUCCUCGGUGGCGAUGCGAUUUUCAAUGCUACGGAUUGCUCAUUAUUUUCCCGACAGACUGAUACUUUUUUUAAUAUAAUAAAUAAUCCGCAAAAAUUUCAGUGAUCAACGAAUGUGCCACUGGUCAGCACACUUGCCAUCCCUUUGCGCUAUGCGUCGACGAAACCGUCGGCUACACUUGUAAAUGCCGCAGUGAAUACGUCGACACAUCAUCCAGAUAUGGGCUGAGUCCCGGUCGUCAUUGCGCGAUCUGUAAGAGAGUAUUUCAAGUUUUUAACAAACAACAUUUCAAGCGUGUUGUACUCGAAAUUAGAACUGUUUUAGCAAACAACGAAUGUGCCAGUCCGGAGACCAAUACUUGCGACCAAAAUGCCGACUGUGUUGAUCGCCCCGACGGCUAUACUUGUCAGUGUUACGAUGGCUAUGUAGAUGUCUCUUCCUUGGCCGGAAAACAGCCUGGCCGCAUCUGCACGGUGCAAACGACAUGUCCGAAACAAACUACGGAUUUAAUAUUUUUGGUCGAUGGAAGUGGUUCCAUUGGGGUUCAUGUCUUCACAAAAGAAAUCCUACGAUUUUUACGCGAGUUUGUGGAGCUCUUUGACAUUGGUCCGGACCAUACGAGAGUUGGACUUAUCCAAUAUAGCGAUCAAAUACGACAUGAGUUCGAUUUGAAUCAAUUUGAAGACAAAAAAUCGCUGCAAUCUGCAAUUUCAAAUGUCACCUACUUAACGGGACUUACAAGGUAUGCAACCGUAAAUUUUAAAGUCUAAAAUAUCGCUCAGAACUGGCGCCGCAAUCAAACAUUUGGUGGAGGAAGGCUUCUCCGAACGUCGAGGAGCCCGACCUUCGGGGCAAGUUAGUCGAGUUGGGAUUGUCAUCACGGACGGGAGAAGUCAGGACAAUGUGACACAGGCAGCUGCGGAGGCAAGGAGAUUGCAAGUGAACAUGUUUGCCAUCGGAGUCACCGACCAUGUGCUGGCGUCCGAGCUGGAGACAAUUGCGGGCUCUAGUAGUCGGUAAGAUCAGUCUGUCCGGAAAAUACUGUAAUGAGUAUUUUAAAUGUCGCUACGCUGAUCGCGUCGCUGAAGUGAAAAGCAACUUGAUUUUGCUGCUACACAAUUCAUUUUCUCAGUGAUGAUGCGAUUUUCAAUGCGAGAGGUUACUAUUACAUUUAUUUCCGAUUGUCCACCGAUUUUUGGAAAAUUGACAAACUCGCCUAAGGACAGAGAUAUAAAAAACAUUUUUACGUCGCAGAUUCUGCCUAUCAUGACUAGUAUCAUAAGUAGGAUGCGUGCCAAGUUUCAAGGUGAUUGCGUUAUAUUCACUUGAGUUAUGGGUGAUCAAAAAUUUAUGUCUGGAAGUAUACAGUGGGGCCCAGUUCCACUGGAAAAAAGCGUACCAAUUUGCAUCCGGAAAGUAUCAAAAAUGUGGCAAAAUACCGAAAAAAACUUCGAUUUCAAAAGCUAGCGCGCUCUUUUUGUGAGGAAAAGGGCGCCGCGCCAUUCCAAACGGAGUUUUUUCACUGGGAGAAUGAAACAUUUUGCCACAUUUUUGACACUUCCCAGAUGAAAAAUGGUACGUUUUUUGCCACUGGAUCAGGUUCCCCACUGUACAUAUUUUUAUUUCGCUUCACCUAUCAAAUUUCAGUUGGUUUUACGUUGACCGUUUCCGCGACCUGGACACCCGACUUCGCUCUCUAAUCCAGAAGAUCGCCUGUCCAGCGAUGGAACAAAUGAAGCCUCAGAAUGUCUCGUGUGAUCCCGGAACUCAACGGGGUUGUGAUCGAACCCUCAAUGAAAUCUGUGUCCUUCUCCAGACCGGCAGGACUAGAUGCGAAUGCCCACCGGCGUUUGAGAGACAUCCAAUCACGCAUGCUUGUGGUUCUCCGCAAUGCAAUCCACAGAUCGAAACCAGUUGUCCGUAUCCGGAGAAAUGCGCGAGAACUCCGUUCGGGACGUAUCGAUGCAUUUGUCCAAGCGGUUUCCAUCGUGAUGCACGAAGUGGAGUUUGCUGUGAGUUUAAUUACUGUGUACAACGCAACAUUCUCUACAACAAAUAAAUUUUUUGGCCUCCUAAGAUAUGUUGUCCCUCCGUAUUGCUUUGAAAUCUAGUACGUUCCAUUUACAACUUUCAGUGAAAGACGGUCAGGCCUCUCCGCGAUUCAUUGAAGAAAAGUGUAAAACAGGAUAUGAACGGAACCCUCGGACUGGUCGCUGUCAAAUCACCGGGUCUUGCGAUCCCUCCGAACCGGAGCCAUGCGAUCCUCGGAAGCGGCAACAAUGCUUGCUGCAUCCGAAUGGGCAGUUCUACACGUGUCGAUGCAGUGGUGCACAGAAGAGACAUCCAAUCACCGACGUUUGCUGUGAGUUUCGAUGUUCAGACCGAGUAAUCAUCUAUAAUAAAUAUUAUACAUAUAAAGGAAAAAAUUCCUUAUUCUGGCCACAACGAGGGUACUCUGCGAACUGCGCCCAAGCUUGGGAACUAAAGUUAGGAAAAAAACUUCGACCUAACUGACACUGAAUUACUAUACUAGCUCAAUAGUUUUAAGGGUACCUACGAAGGCGAUGACGACUCAUUUAGUUCUAUACGGAGGCAAUAAGUUUAGUUCCGGACAUGUUUCAUCGUAUAAAGUGUAAAAUCGCAGGCAGCAGCCGUUUUCGAAGGGUAAGGUGGUACGUAAAAAAGAAGGUACCUCACUAGUUAAAUCCACUGUGCGGGCAUUGACAACGAUGAAUUCAGCUUGCACGCUAAAUUUGGGAUAAUUCUGAUCAUUUUCCGCAAAGUUAUAAGUUGUGGCCAGAAUAAGGAACUUUUACCCAUAUGAAAUGUAUUUUUAGUGGAAAACGAGUGCCUUUCCGGUCAUCACGACUGUGAUCCUCGCGCCCGUUGUACCGAUACCGAUGAAUCUUUUAUCUGCGCCUGUCCUCUCGACUCCAUUGACCAAUCAACCGAUCUCCAAAACCGACCCGGUCGAAUUUGUCAAAAGCUCGAAGACGAAUGCGCCUUAGGCACUCAUGACUGCCCAGCCGACGCGGAAUGCAUUGACAUGGUCGAGGGAUUUGAUUGUCGCUGCAGGCCGGGAUUUGUCGACUUCUCACCGAACCCGGAGCAAAAAGCCGGAAGGGUUUGUCGGCGGCCGGUAAAUGAGUGCGAACGAAAAGAAGUGAACGAUUGUCAUCCGAAUGCGAUUUGUAUGGAUACCGUGGAGUCGUUCACUUGUCAGUGCAAGGAUGGGUUUAAUGAUGCUGAUGAGUUGCAGAGACCGGGAAGAGUUUGUGUGGAAGGGCAGGGUAAGUCAGCAAGAAUCUAUUACAGUGAGCGACCUGAUCCAGUGGCAAAAAACGUACUAUUUUGCAUCGGGGAAGCAUCAAAAAUGUGGCAAAAUACUUCCCUCUCCAAGUAAAAAAACGCCGUUUUGAAGGUCCCUCACAAAAAGAGCGGGCGCGCUUUUGAAAUAGGAGUUUUUUCACAUGAAGAGGGAGGUGUUUUGCUGCAUUUUUGAUACUUCCCGGAUCCAAAAUGGUACGUUUUUUGUCAUUGGAUUAGGUUCGCCACUGUAGCUUUAAAAACUGCGACGUGGUUUUUUUAAAUUCAAAUUUAACAGUAUGUUGGGAAAAUUAUGAGCCCUCUGUCGCAUCGAAAAUUGAAUCGCCGCCGAGAAAAUCAACUGUGUCGCUUCAAAAUCAAAUUCUUUUCACUUCAGCGAUCGACACAGAGAUAUUCUGCUCAUUAUUUUCCCGACGGCCUAAUAAUCGAAAAUUGCGAUAAAUAGGUUGUUUUAUAAACCCUAAAAACAGCUGCGUUUUUUACACUCACCUUUUCAGUUAACGAAUGCAAAAACUCCACCCUCAACAAGUGCUCUCCGAACGCGAUCUGCAUCGACGAGCCGAAAGGCUAUCGCUGCGAAUGUCUCCCCGGAUUCAUCGACAACUCCGACGCCGGAACUUUCGGUCGAACCUGUGACAUUCCCUUACCCCCCAAGCCCCAUCCUUGUCAAGAGACCGAUCUCAAUGACUGCGAUCCGUCUGCCGAGUGUAUUCCGACGGACAACGCGUUUGAAUUCACUUGUAAAUGUAGGAGUGGAUUUGUGGAUGUGUCCGAGAGUGUUGCGGAUCAACCUGGAAGAAAAUGUGCGCCGGAAAAGAGUGUUUGUGAGGAUCCGGCAAAGAAUGAUUGUCAUCAGCAAGCGGUUUGCUCGGUAUUGCAGGUAGGAAAGCGUUAGAUACAAGUAAAUUUUUUGGACCCUACGAAUGAGUGGAUCUAAAAAAAUUAAUUUUUAUAGAAAGGUCUCCUUGCAAGGAGUUUUAUUUUGCCAUGAAAGUGAGCAGAGAUUGCCACGGUUAAGAUUUUGGCGCCGGCUCCGGCUCUGAGCUCCCAGAACCGGAGCCGAGGGCAAGUUUGCAGCUCCGGCAAUUUGGUUUAACAGGAUCAUGGAAUUUUUACUUUUCUGAACGCUGAGAAGCCUGGCUCCCGGCUCAGAGUCGGAGCCAAGAGCCGGCUCCGGAGCCGUGGCAAUCUUUGAAAGUGGCUCUCUGAAACUCGAGACUCCUAAAAUUCUUUAUGAUAAGUCUGUCGGGAAAAUUAUGUGCACUCUGUCGCAUCAAAAGUCGCUGAGGAAAUGAAUUGGGUCGAGGCAAAAUCAAAUUGCUUUUUACUUCAACGACAAGACCGGCGCAGCGACAUUUUGCUCAUUAUUUCCCCGACAGACUGAUAUAAUCAUGAUUUGUUGUACAGAGGCGCAACGAAUCCUCUUUGGAAACUAAUACAGUGAGGGACCGGAUCCAAUGGCAAAAAACGUCUCAUUUUGCAUCCCGGAAGAGAUCAAAAUGUCUCCAAACCCUUCCCUUCUCUACGGUUUAAAACCCCGAUUUGAAGAGCCCGCCUUGAAGGAAAAAGCGCGCUUUUCAAAGCGGAGUUUAUUAGCUUAGAGAAGGGAAGGGUUUGGAGUCAUUUUGGUCCCUUCCAGGAUGCAAAAUGACACGUUUUUUGCCAUUGGAUCAGGUCCCUCACUGUAACUCAUAAGCCAUUGUUGGAAAACUUUUUUCAGGGCAACGCCUUUUCCUGUCGAUGCCGUGACGGUUUCAUCGACAAAUCCCCGGCCAACCCCGGACAUGACUGCGUUGAACUGCUCAACGAAUGUUUGGAUCGCUCUUUGAACGACUGUGAUCCCUCAGCGUUAUGCGAGGACCUACCUGAAGGCUUCCAAUGUCGAUGUCCUUUCAACUCGAUCGAUGAAUCGGUGGAUCCCCAAAAGCCCGGGCGAAUUUGCCGACCAAAAAUUAAUGAGUGCGCUAACCCGUUGCUCAAUAAUUGCAGUCGGUUUGCGGAUUGUGUCGAUCGUAAUGAUGGGUAUGAAUGUAGAUGCAAAGACGGGUAUUUUGAUGAGAAUUUGAGCGUUCCUGGAACUGUCUGCAAGUUCAGUAGGUUGACCGAUUUUUAGCUAUAUUUAAUGAUGACUUUUUCCUGAAUAACUUUGCUUUUAUCACCUCCUUUUUAAGUCAUCAAUGAAUGCGAAUCCCCCGCCCUCAACGACUGUCAUAAGAACGCGGAAUGUCAAGAUCUUCCAGGUGGCUUCACCUGUAAAUGCAAACACCCAUUUGACGACAAAAGCCCUCCCGGACAGCCGGGAAGACUCUGCAUUUUCGACGAAUGCCUCCAUACAAAUGCCAAUAAUUGCCAUCAAAACGCUCAAUGUGUGGACUUGGAUGAAGGGUUUACUUGCCAGUGCAACGAAGGCUUCUAUGAUAACAGCCCAAAUCCACAUGAACCAGGGAGAAUUUGCUUGGGUAGGGAGUGAUUUUUAUGUCGUUUUUUACAUGCUAUACCGGUCAAAACUUUGUAAAACAAAGAUCAAAAAUUUUUUAUCGUUUUUUAUCAGUCUGUCGGGAAAAUAAUGAGGACACUGUCGCUGCGCCGAUCAUAUCUAUGAAAUGAAAAAAAAAUUGAUUUUCCCGCGACACAAUUCAUUUUUACGACCUCAGUGACAUGAUUUUCGGUACAAAAGAGUGCUCAUUGUUUUCCCGACAGAUUUCUUUAAAGCGGUUUCAUUGUGUGGAGCUGUAUUUUAUUUUUUUUAUGGGAAAAUUGACUCUUAAAACUCUUGAACUCGAUAGUUAUAGACAGGUUUUGUCCUACCUAUCUUGUUCUACAGAGUGUUUGCUCUAUGUGCUUACAUUUUUAUACUAAAAAAAUAAAAAAGUAAUUCGACAAAACUCGAUAUUUUGUCCUUCAUUUGUCAUCGUUUUAUUUUUUUUCAACCCUUAUCACUUCUCGGUCUCGAAACGAAAACAUGUUUCCCGAACUCAAUUUAACUCAAAACACAAAUUGUUUUCUGUUUCUCGACAAUUUUUUUUUCACUUUUCAACAACCCUUUGACAUUCAAUUUUUUCAUUUUUUCAGCGUUCAAAGAAGACGCGUCGUCGGAGGAAUCAAUUCUCGCCAAUUUCCCGCCCCUAGACGGGACGCCCUGCGGGCUUCGCAGCUUCUGUUCGCUCCCGCUGAACGAGGUGUGCGUCGGCGGAAAAAGCUGCGAAUGUCGGCCAUCAGAAGCCAGAGAAAGUGCGGAUAAGAAGUGCGAAAGAGUCGAGAAAAUCCAUGGAUCUUUCCGAAUUUUGCGGAUGAAUCGAGAAGCGUUGAUCUACAGUAGUCGCUAUGGGAACCCAGAAAGUGAUGGGUACAAACAGCUGGACGGGUUGUUUAGACGGGAUAUAAGAAAGAUGAUUGGAAGUGUGAGCGAAUUAAAAGAGAAUCUGGUCACUUCGGAUGUGGUGCUUUUUACUCAUCCCAAGACAAUCAACAGGUAAAUUACAUGGCAAAACAUUUGCAGUUCUAUAGUGAAAUCUUUGUACAGCAAAACCUCUCUAUAACAAACAAUUUAAGAGCUAAGAGACCGUUCUAAUAAAAAAAUUAACCUCCAUACAACAAAGCCCUUUUAUAACGAUUGCCGUUCGUUAUACAGAGAUUUAGCGUUAAAUUGUUUUAUCAAGCCCAAUAUAAGCUUCUAUGGCGGACCUGAUCCAGUGGAAAAUAAUGUAUCAUUUUGCAUCCAGGAAGUAUCAAAAAAUGUGGCAAAAUACCUCCCUCUCCAAGUGAAAAAAAUCAGAUUUCAAAAGCGCGCCGUCUUUUUUUAUGGAGGACAAGGCGCGCCCUUCAAAACGGAGUUUCUUUAGUUGGAGAGGGAGGUAUUUUGCCAUGUUUUUUGAUUUUUCUUUGACGUGAUGCAAAAUGGUACGUUUUUUGCGAUUGGAUCAGGGCCGUCACUGUAUAGCAAAAGCUUUGUGCAACAAAACCUCUCUAUGACAACAUUAGGAGGUAAUAGUACGUUCUAAGACAAAGUUAGCCUUCUUAUUAGGUGGUCCAGAAAGUUCAUUCGUUUUUUCAUUGCUUUACAAGAAUUUUUUGUUCUUGAAAAAGACGCACGAACUUUCUGGACGACCUAUUACAACAAAGCCUUUUUACACCGAUAUACAUUAGCUCUUGCGAUUUGUUGUACAGAGAUUUUACUUUACACUAUUUCACAAAGCCCAAUCUAUAAGUAUCCAAAAUUUUUCAGUUCCUGGAACGAAGGAGUCCUUGUCAACUUCACGUUGGCUGUGAAGCCCAAUUCAACCGAGAAAUGCGCCAUCUGGCGUGAGCUCACUCAUCAAAUUAUGUUGAACAAGCAUCGAAUUGCGGAUGGUCCUUUGGAGGUAGCGCCGGACUUUGAUCAGCUUUCUCUAUGCGAGAAGCCCGCAAAUCUGUGCGGAAACUCCGUGUGCAGCAAGGAGUUGGGUCAUGUUUGCAUCAACAACACCUGUCAAGUCGACUACUGCAGCGAUGUGGAUUACUGUCCAACGAACACGACUUGUGUCAAUUUGAAGUUCAAAUCGGACUGUCAAUGUCUUCCCGGCUUCACAAAUAUCCGCGAAAACGGCAAACGGCCGCAGGGCAUGUUGCGGGACACUAUUUGUUUGAAGCCAUUUGAUGUAAAUGAAUGCGAAUUGGAGCUGCAUAAUUGCUCGAAAGUGGCCAAGUGCACGGAUCUUCCGUUUGGCUACAGUUGCAGUUGUCCUGACGGGUACAUCGACGGGAAUUUGAACUUGCCGGGCAGACAAUGUGCCGCACUUUUGUGUGAUGAAUGCAAUGGACAUGGAGACUGUAUUACGGACCAUUUGUCGGGAAAUGUUUAUUGCCAAUGUAGUGGAGGGUACAGUGGAGAGCAUUGCGAAAAACCGCCUUCGCCAAUCCCGUACUUCUUGUUUAUUAUCAUCGCGUCGUUGUUUUUGGUGCUGGCGGCAUGGUAG